GUGGUGUUCUUUCGGGCAAUUCGCUAGCCGUUCAAGGUUUACGGGCCCCAAUAUCCGCUGCUGCCCGGCUCCGUGACGCUUGAGCCGAGCCUUACUUUCACAUCGAACGGUAUCAAAACCAGAUUCCGCGACGAGCCACAGAAGUCUUCGGACGUUACUCAGCUGACUAUUUCAGUCUGCUCCCAAACGCACUUGACUUCGCGAAAUCGCUAUCGAAGACAAAGCCACAUCUUGAAGACUCACAGCACCAGCUCCGAUGGCCGUUGAAACCGUCAACACCUCGUUGUCAGCCAACGAUGCUCGUAUUCUGAAUGCGCUCUUCGACCCAGAAACUCUUCCAUCAUCUGUCGCAAAGUCGAGAGAUGCAUCCGCCAUAGACACCACAUUACCGCCACACCCUAGCAUUUCCUCAUCACAACUAUCCAUCCUCGAAACACAACAAAACGACAUCGUCAGGCGCACUACAAGUGAUUCUACCCUAGAAGCGAUACAUUCAGAGAUCGAAUGUCUCAACAAUAUCAUUGCCACCAAUCCGACAUAUCCGAGCGCUUUUGUCAACCGCGCCAUGCUCCGAAGAAUAAAAAUCGAGACAUCGCUACCAAAAGACGGCAAUAUCUUCUCCGCAUCAGAAUCAGACAUCGAAACAUUAUUUACAGACUUGUCACGCGCCAUUCAUCUUUCAUUGCCCGCAUCUUCACCCACAGCCCCAGUGUCAGCGUACCAAGCGCGCAUGUUACGCACAGCAUACUCGCAUCGCGCCUUCCUAUACUUGAAAGCGAGCGAAACAGGGACACAACUGAAAGGCUUGGAGAAGAGCGAGUUGGAGGAGUUGGCGUCAAAGGAUUUCGCUGCUGCUGCGCGGUAUGGCGACGAGGCUGCGAGAGAGAUGAGCGUGAGGACGAAUCCGUAUGCGAAGAUGUGUGGCGCAAUCGUGAAGAAUGCUCUGAGGGAAGAGCGGAAGGGUGAAAUGGCUUAGUAGUCGGAAAUCGUGGUCUCGGGGGG